AUGUCUCCUAUUCGAGUCGGUUUAAUCGGAUUGCACAGCGCUUCGGCAGAGAAAUACGAGGGCACCUCGUGGACUGCCAACGCCCACUUGCCCUUCCUCACCAAGUCCCCCAAUUUCGAGAUUGUUGCGCUGCUAAAUAGCUCUGUGGAUUCUGCACAAACAGCAAUCCAGAAAUAUGGCCUGCCGGACAAGACUAAGGCCUACGGUGAUCCGCAAGAUCUUGCCAACGACCCCAACGUCGACCUUGUCGUCUGCAGUGUACGUGUUGACCGACACUUCCUGACUGUGCGCCCUAGCCUUAUCGCCGGCAAAGCAGUUUACGUGGAAUGGCCACUGGACCGGAAUCUCGAGGUGGCGCAAGAGAUGGCUACUCUAGCGGCUAAGCAUAAUGCGCGCACGAUCGUAGGCAUCCAGGGCGCCUUUUCACCGAUCAUUCACAAGAUGCGAUCUGUUAUCGAAAGUGACCAGAUUGGACGUGUCCUCUCUAGUACGAUCACCGGAUCGUUUGGCAAUAACGUUGACGCAGAGAGCAAGAACGUACGGUACUUCCUCGAUCGUGAAGUUGGAGGAAAUACAAUGACUAUUCAUGUUGGCCACAGCUUGGAGUUCAUUGCUGCCGGCGAGAGCUUUUCGUCAAUCAGCCGACCCACGAUAGAUAUUAAGGACUAUAGCGUUGGAGAGGCCGGCAAGAUCGUCGAAACGAGUGCUCGCAAUACUGUUCCGGAUCAGGUCCUCGUUUAUGGCACGGUUGAGCCUUCCAAUGCCGCGGUAACUAUCAAAUUCCAUGCCGGAAAGGAGUUCCCGGGCCAGCCCCGACUGGACUGGCGUAUUCAAGGCGAAAAGGGCUGGCUGCGAUUGGCCUCCCCGCAUGUGUCUUUGAAUGUCGGCGGCCCGGGAAUCAAAUUGGAGAUUGCCAGAAAUGAGACAAAAGAGGUAGAGGAGCUACUGCCGGAGACAGAUGAGUGGGAUGAGCUACCAGUUUUUGCGCAGAAUAUUGCCCGUCUCUACGAGGCCUAUCGCAAGAAUGAGUGGUAUCCUACUUUUGACUGGGCGUUGAAGCGACAUGAGGCGAUCGAUGGCAUAUGGAAGGAGUUUGAUGCUGACAACCAUUAG